AUGGCGUCCUUUUCUACUAUGAAAAGCAUGGUAUCGAUCCUAUAUUCGAAUAUAUUCGUGAACCUCCCCAUACCAGAGGGCAAUUUGAGUGACUGGACUAUUAUUGUAUCCGGGUCUAACCAAGGUCUUGGAUAUGAAGCCAGCAAACAUUUACUUCGUCUCGGUGUACAUCGCCUCAUCAUGGCCGUCAGAAACUGCAAAAAGGGCGAUUCUGCGCGACUGCAACUGUUGAAAGCCACCGGUCGUGAAGACAGCUCGAUUGAAGUUUGGGAGCUUGACAUGGAUAGUUCUCUCUCAGUCCAUAAAUUUGCACAGCGUGCAGCCACUCUCCCCCGUCUCGAUGCGCUCUUGGCGAAUGCUGGCCUGGCAACAACUAGCUUCAGCUUGGUGGAAGAAAAUGAACGAACAAUCACAGUCAAUGUGGUGAACACAUUUUUACUGAUUGGUUUAUUGUUGCCUAAACUGCGAGAGUCUGCCGCAAAAUUCGGUAUUACUCCGCGAAUCUCUAUUGUGAAUUCGGCUUUGCACAAUUUUGUCUCAUUACAAGAAUUUGACAGUCAUAAUGAUGGGGGAAUUUUUGCUCAUCUGAAUAGCAAAGAAAGUGCUAAUAUGGCUGGGCGAUAUCCUUUGUCAAAGAUGUUGGUCCUCUUUGGGGUUAGGGCAUUAGCUGACCGAUUGAAAGAGAGCAAGGAGCCAUUGGUGAUUGUCAACUCACCGAAUCCCAGCUGGUGCAAAUCUGAAUUGAUGCGUGAGAACAGCAGUACAGGAUACCGCUUGGCACAGUGUCUGUUAGCUCGUAGUACCGAGCAUGGAAGCCGGGCUUUAGUUCAUGGAAUUCUCUCGGGCAAGGAGAGUAAUGGCCAAUAUCUUGAUAACUGUCGAGUGAAAAGUCCGUCUCCUCUUGUGACAACCGCCAAAGGUUCACAAGUACAGGAAGCCUUUUUCCAUGAGCUGUUUGAGAAACUCGAACACCAAUCACAAGGCAUUAGCCAAGUACUUUAG